AGUGGGAGCAGAGAGAGCGCAGAGAGCCGGCUCUCGUGUCGAGUGCGCGUGAUUUUGUGGCUCUGAAAUGCGGGCUUGCUGCCAACUGCGCUGCCGAUGCCGGCGCAGCUCAGCCCGCUUGCCGCGGUGGUUGUUAUAUUCUGGUCUUGGUUUUUAGUCGCCGUUUAAACUUGGUCGUGAGAGGGUAGCAGCCCCGUUAUCAGUCGCCGCGACCGCGUCCCGAAAGUGAGAGUACGGUGAGAGUCCUGGCCAGCGCGAGUUUGCAGACCCACAUCCUCCAGCACGUCCUAAUGGCCCCCGUGAUCGGCUGUUCGCCCACCGCCACCCACUCGCUGCAGGACAUGAGCGCCGCCGCCGCGGCCAUCGCCCUUGACAUGAAGCCCAAGGGGGAGCCCCACCCCCUGGCCUCCGCCAUUGCCCUGCCAUCGCAGAAGAUCAAGAAACUUCCUUCACUUCCAGUGGUGCGCAGAAACGCCUCCGACAAGCUGAAGCUUAUUCAAAUGGUCCACGAUAACCCAAUUCUCUGGGACUCGCGCCUCCCAAACUUCAAGGGCGCCGAGGAGGAGAAGAAUCGCGCCUGGGAGCACAUAGGGCGCGAGUUCAACGCCCCUGGUCGCCGCGUUGCCCGGGCCUUUAAGUCCCUGCGGGAAUCCUACCGCCGAGAACUAGCUCACGUCAAGCUGAUGGGCAACGGCUUUAAGCCGAAAUGGAGCCUUUAUGAGGCUAUGGACUUUCUGCGCGACGUAAUCAGAGAAAGAAAAGGCGCUUCGCAUGCAACCGACCUCAGUCUGACCGGGUAUGGCCACAUCAACAACAACAAUAAUAAUAACAAUAAUAGCCAGGGAGCAGCUGGAAAAUCAGUGUCCCUGAAGCUCUCCACGUCCUAUCACGAUUCCGCCGCAGUGUUGAAUCUCUCCAAGUGCUCCUCGCUGAAUAUGAGCGGCGAUGACUUCUAUGGGGACUACUACGUGAAGCCGGAGCUGGAUCUCUCGGUGGGCGGCGGAGCUGGAAGUAGCAGCAGCCGCAGUAGCUCCGGCGGUAUACCACUUCCGCUGCCCGCCCACCAACUUCAGGCGCCCAACGAUAGCCGAGUGAGCUCCACGCGCAACGAGCAUCAGCAAUUGCAGCACAGCUACGAUGACAUCGAUGCCAGCUCGAUUCGCAGUGCAGAUGAAGACGCUGGUCACGCAUCCGAUGUAGUGGAGGAGUUAGAUGCGAUCGACGCCGAUUUUCCUUAUCCGCUGAUCCUGGACUCCAACUCACGCGCCAGCACCAAUGUGGGCGUAGACGAGGUUGCCUCUUCGCGCAAGCGCCGUCGCAAUGUCGACCAAGACGUCCUAGAUAACGGCAAUGGCGAUGCUGGUAUCGAUGCCGACGACUACGAGGAGCAGAUGCUGCAGCAGCACCGCCAUCUUCGGCAGCAGCAAGGUGCAGCUGACACCGGAGGGAUGGAUCUACCGCCCCCGCAAACGGUGCGUGAGGUGCUCAACUCCAAGUUUUGCGGCUUCAUCUCGGCCAAGCUGAACAGCAUGGAGGACUCGGAGGCGGACAAUUUAAUGAACCGCAUUCUUUUGUUACUGGUUCAAGUGCAGCAGUGUGAGGGCCCUACGAAGUAGGCGGUCAGGUUGGAAUUCCCAAACGGGGUGUAGUUAAAAUAGCCAAAAAAUUUCAUUAUAGAUUGAUGAAGCCGCUUAGAGCAUAUACAUCGGAAUGAUUACUUGCCAUAUGUUCUUACUCUUCUCGCCGUAAGAAUUAUUAAGUUACUUGCCAAUGCCAAAUCUGUGCCAUACCAAAAAAAAAUCAACUAUGAAUGAUUUUUCAAACGAAUUCUCUCAUUUUGUUCGCUCUCAUUUACAACAAACAAUAAACUCAAAGAAACGAAAAAACAAAGAAUAUAGUUGAAGUAAGAACUUAGUUUAGUUAUACUUUAAAUGUUAAAUUCAUUUUAAGUCCACUGCAGAUCAUACUCAUGCCAACGUCUCAUCACAUGAAACUUUUCUUUUUCAUAAAACUAUUUUUUAGAGUAUAUAUAGAUCGGCGAUCGAUCGCACAUUUACAUUUACAUUUUCUCAUUAAGUUGAAGACUUGGAAUUAAAAAUAUAUUUAAAAAUAUAAUCGCGAACAAGCUAUUAUACUACUGUUAUUUAUAUAACUAUAUAACAAAAUGGUAAAUUAUAAUUUUCUGAAAAGGAGAACAAUUAAAAUUUUUUCUCCUAACAUACGUUUUAAAAUAAAGCACAAUACAUGGUA